AUGGCCUCCGAAAAGAAGGACAAGCUCGAGCCUCAAAUUAAAUCCGUCGACAUGUCGGAGGAUAUGCAGCAGGAGGCUGUCGAAGUUGCUAUCGAGGCUAUGGAAAAGUACCACAUUGAGAAGGAUAUUGCUCAAUACAUCAAGAGAGAAUUUGACUCUCGCAAGGGUGCUACAUGGCACUGUGUGGUCGGACGGAACUUUGGCAGCUUUGUCACACACGAAACGAAGCAUUUUAUCUACUUCUAUCUCGGUCACUGCGCCAUCCUGCUCUUCAAGACACAAUAG